AUGUCAUCACAAGAACAUGAGAUCAGGCAAGUUGAACAUGCAUUGACAACAAUGUAUUCGAAUGCACCACGAGAAGAGAAAGCCACCGCCACUCAUUUCUUGGAAAACUUUCAAAAAUCUAACGAUGCAUGGCAAAUCACACAUCAAAUUUUGAGCGAUAAGAACAAUGGAUCAAAUGUGCAGUUAAAGCUAUUUGCAGCACAGACAUUAAGAUCUAAAAUCAUUUACGACUUGUCAUCUCAGAUCCAGCCGGAGAAUUACCAAGCUUUGAAGGAGUCAGUGUUGAACUUAAUUAAAUUAUACAAUGGAAGUAAUGAAAAAUUGAUCCGUACCCAAUUAUCAAUCGCUUUAUCACAACUUGCAUUACAAUAUUUGGCUUGGAAUGACGCGAUUAGUGAAAUAGUGGCAAACUUGACACUGUCGAGCGAUUUACCAUUGGUUCUUUUGGAGUUUUUAAAAGUCUUACCCGAAGAAUUAUCUGAUGUGAAGAAGUCACAUUUGAGUGAUGAAGAGUACAAUAAAAGGUCACAAGAGUUGAUUACAGACCAAGUGGAGUCAGUUGUGUUGACUUUGAAAAAUCUUGCUGAAAGCAACUCCAACAAUGAUCCUGUUUUAAAUGCAGCUAUUUUGGAUGCUUUGAACAGUUGGAUUACUGAAUGUCCCAUCGAUAAAAUAUUGUCUGUUCACUCUUUGACUUCGUUGGUUUUCCAAAGCUUGUCCAAUGAUACUACAUUUGACAAGGCGAUUGAGUGUUUGGUCACCAUUGUUCGAGAAACCCGUGAUAUUGACAACCAUGAAAUAAUAGACGCAUUAUACCAACAAAUAUUACAAUUGAAUAAGUUUAUGCAUGACAAUGCUGAUAAUUUAGAGGAUCCUGAAAAAGUUGAUGGAUUGACCAGAUUGUAUGUUGAAUGCGGAGAGUCAUGGAGUGCUUUGAUCGCUAGAAACCCACAACAUUUCAAACCAUUGGUUGAAAUACUAUUAAAUUGCUGUAAAUAUGAGGACGAUUUGGAUAUUGUCAAGUACACUUUCCAAUUUUGGUACUUGUUGAAACAAUUGAUUGUUUUACCAAAAUUUCAAGAAGCACGCCAGGUCUUUGGUGAUUGCUACCUUCAACUAAUAUCGAUUAUAAUCAAACAUUUAACAUAUCCAAUUACGUCGAAUGAUGACGAUCUUUUCAAUGGGGACAAAGAACAAGAGGACAAGUUUAAAGAGUUCCGAUAUGAAAUGGGUGAUGUGUUGAAAGAUUGUUGUGCUGUAGUUGGUGCAUCAAAAGCUUUGCAGAUUCCAUUUACCCAAAUACAAACAAUCUUGUCCAAUUCACAAGGUCACUGGCAAUAUCUCGAAGCUCCUUUGUUUUCGAUGAGAACAAUGGCAAAAGAAGUGCCAACAAAGGAGAAAACAAUAUUGCCAACGAUAAUGUCGCUCUUGGUACAGCUACCCGAACAUCCAAAAAUACGAUAUGCUGCCACAUUAGUCUUGGGAAGAUAUACCGAAUGGACGGCAAAGAACCCGGAAUUUCUAGAACCCCAGUUGAACUACAUCACAAAGGGAUUUGAGGUAGACAACAACAAUGAGAUCUUCAUGGCAACUUCGCAUGCCCUUAUGUACUUUUGUCAAGAUUGUUCUGAAUUGUUGGUCAACUAUCUUGAGCAGUUGUACUUGUUGUACGGACAAGUGAAGGACAAAAUCGAUUUUGAGUCAAAUUAUGAGUUGACUGAUGGUAUUGCACAUGUUGUUGCUAAAGUACCGGAAGAAAAUUUAUACAAAAUUUCCGAUAUGUUCUUAGAGCCAUCUUUACAGAAAGUGUCAGAGUUGAAUUCUUUAAAUGAUAAUUCUGACGAGGUUAAUGCUCAAAUUGCUGAUCAGUUGGAGAUUGUAAUCAUUUUUCUUCAAGUUUUGAAAGUGGACGAGUUCGAAAAGCCAUCUCACCCAGUGGCUUCAUUAUUUAUUGAAAAGAUUUGGCCAUUGGUGGCUUCCAUUUUGCAAAAAAGGGGAUCCAUUUUAAAGGUUAGCGAGAAAUGCAUGAAGUUGGUCAAAGUUGCCAUCGAAUCAUUCAGCUCGUACCUUAAUUCCGUUCUACCACAAAUUGCCGAGAUACUACACCAGGGUUACAAACAAACUCAAUUUGGUUGUUAUCUUUGGGUUUCGGGUGUGGUGAUUAGAGUAUUUGGAGACGACGAAUAUUCUUCACAAGAAAUAACAUCAGCUGCUUACAACUUCGGUCUUGAACAAUGCCAAUCAUUUUUUGAGCACUUCUCCAAUAAAGAUGAAGACCAACUUAAACAAAUUCCCGAUGUCAUUGAAGACUUUUUCCGUAUGUUGAAUGAUUUGUUGAUGUUCUUCCCCUUCAAGUUGAUCCCCACCCUUGAUUUACUUGUCUCGAUUAUCAAAACUGCAAAGGUAACUUUAACUGUCAUUAACGAGUACAAUCCAAUCAUAUCUUGUAUCCAUUUCCUUAUUGACUUGAUAUCCUGGGGAUUACCUCACCCACCUAUUUCGUUGUUCGAAAACAGGGAUACUACACCGUUGAAGGAGUGCAUCAAACAAUUUGUAACUGUCAACAACCAUGGAGGCGAAUUGUUGAAAGUUGUGUUGGAUGGACUCAUAUUCAAGUUUCAUAAUGAUGUACAACAAGACGCGAGUGAUUUACUUUUGAAAAUCUUGGUGGUUACUCCAUCAACAGAUUUGGCAAUUAAUUGGUUACGUGAUGUUGUGACAAGUUUGCCCAAUGUGCAAAGCAAUGAAGUCAAUCGGUUAAUUGAUACUGUAUCAGUGGCUAUACCUAAUAAGGAUAACAGAAGAGUUCGUAGUGCUUUGAGGGAUUUCAUUGGUUGGUAUUCAAGAAAGAAUGUGUCCCCUCGAUCUGAGAUAUAA